GGCGCUCACACCUCGCGCGUCGGCGGAUCUCGGUGGGUUGUGGCGUCCGCUGUCCCGCGGAUGCUGCGAUCCCCAGCCAUGGCGCUCGCAAUUCGAGUUGUGUAUUGUGGCGCUUGAGGCUACAAGCCCAAGUAUCUUCAGCUCAAGAAGAAGCUAGAAGAUGAGUUCCCCGGGUGCCUGGACAUUUGUGGUGAGGGGACUCCCCAGGUCACUGGGUUCUUUGAAGUGAUGGUAGCCGGGAAGCUGAUUCACUCCAAGAAGAAAGGCGAUGGCUAUGUGGACACUGAGAGCAAGUUUCUGAAGUUGGUGGCUGCCAUCAAGGCCGCCCUGGCCCAGGGCUAGUGAGUCCUGAAGGCAGAGGUCCAGGGACCUUGGCCCCGCCCCCUCGGCAGACGCUUCAUGACAGGAAGGACUGAAAUGUCUCCAGGACUCCUGGUCUUUCCUUGAUGUUCUGCGGCCACCGGGUGGGGCAGAGAUCGACGUCCCUGGGCUUUGCCUGUGCAUGGGAGUGUGCGUAUCCCCGGAAUCCACCGUUGCUCGCUGCCCCCACCUUUCCCCGCCUCUCCCUGCAUUCCCUGUGUCACCCUCCCUGUUGGGCUUCCUUCUGUGAGGGGUCAGGCCAUUUGCUGCACCAGAGGCAAUGGUUCACAUUUGAAUAAAUGUUGGAUGCGUUUAACCUG